CGCACACUGAUUACGUCUGCUGCCCGGAGGCAUGGAUAAGACAACAUGAAUAAAGGCUGGUUAGAGCUAGAGAGCGACCCAGGACUCUUUACACUUCUGGUGGAAGAUUUUGGUGUGAAGGGGGUCCAGGUGGAAGAGAUCUAUGAUUUGCAGAGCAAGUGCCCGGGGCCAGUUUAUGGCUUCAUAUUCUUGUUUAAAUGGAUUGAAGAGCGUCGCUCCCGAAGGAAAGUCUCUACUCUGCUGGAUGACACAUCCGUCAUGGAAGAUGAGGUCGUCAACAACAUGUUCUUUGCUCAUCAGCUGAUUCCUAACUCCUGUGCCACACAUGCUCUUCUCAGUGUUUUGCUAAACUGUAGCGGAGUUCAUCUUGGACCCACUCUAAGCCGCAUCAAGGAUUUCACCAAAGGAUUCAGCCCAGAGAGUAAAGGUUAUGCGAUUGGAAAUGCACCAGAGCUGGCUAAAGCUCACAACAGCCAUGCCAGACCAGAGCCGCGCCACCUCCCCGAGAAGCAAAAUGGGAUCAGUGCAGUCCGAACUAUGGAGGCAUUUCACUUUGUUAGUUAUGUACCUAUUAAGGGACGGCUUUUUGAACUGGAUGGACUGAAAGUUUAUCCAAUUGAUCAUGGCCCUUGGGCAGAGGAUGAAGAGUGGACAGAUAAGGCUCGGAGAGUUAUCAUGGAGAGGAUUGGACUGGCUACUGCCGGGGAACCUUAUCAUGAUAUUCGCUUUAAUCUGAUGGCUGUGGUGCCAGAUCGAAGACUCAAGUAUGAGAGUAAACUUAACAUCUUGAAAAUGAACAGACAGACUGUGUUGGAAGCUCUGCAGCAGUUGAUCAGAGUGACACAGCCAGAGCUGAUUCAAACCCAAAAGACCACAGACUGCCAGACUCCUGAAGAAUCAAAAGUUAAUGCUGUGAAGUCUGCCUCAGAAACCCCCCGCAUAAACCCCAGCUCCCAGCGGGCUGUCACAGAACCAGCUGGAGAGGCGGCAGGAUCUUUCCAUCGUAGCUCUGUCCUGAACACGUAUAACAAAGCUAAUGCCACACCUCAGAAUGGAGGGUUGGCCCCUGCCCCAGCCCCUCGUCUCCCUGCGUUCCUUGAUAACCAUAACUAUGCCAAGUCACCAAUGCAGGAGGAGGAGGACUUGGCUGCAGGAGUUGGUCGAUCUCGGGGUGCGCCACCCCCAUCUCCAGAUUCUGAAGAAGAUGAUGAAGAAACAGAGAGCACUAAUAGAUCACCAACUCCAGGGUUCAAGACAAGAUCUUCUGCGUCUUUGCCACCACCCUCUGGCCCAGAACUUCCUGCAAAUGUCCUGGCAGAGAAGCUGAAGGAGACCCAGAAAGAACUGUGUUCACCAUUAUCUAUUAAGACAGGGGCUCCCACAGCCCCCCACUCCCAGCCCUCUCCAACCCCCAGUAAUGAGAGCACAGACACAGCUUCAGAAAUCGGUAGUGCAUUUAACUCACCGCUGCGUUCACCACUGAGAUCAGCAAGCACUACGCGACCCUCAAGUCCUGUUACCUCCCACCUGUCCAAAGUCCUUUUUGGAGAGGAAGAACCUCUUUCACGUGUGGACUGUGUGCGCUACAAUCGGGCGGUGCGGGAGCUGGGCCCUCUCGUUGGUACUGGGAUCUUGCAUCUGAGCAGAGAUGGCCACCUGUGCCCCCUCAGCAGACUAGAUCCCAAAGCCUCCCCAAAGAACAGUAAAACCGAAGAAGGAAAGGAAUGUGCCGAAGUAGAUGGAGAGCGCUGGAAAGUUGGGGAAGCUUCUCAGGGGGAGAGAUUUUCUCCCAAGGAGCUUCUUGCUUUGUUGAAAUGCGUCGAAGCUGAAAUAUCUGCGUCUGAAGCCUGCCUAAGAGAGGAGCUAGAAAAGCGCAAGAAGUUCAAGAUUGAUGACCAAAGAAGAACUCAUAACUAUGACGAAUUUAUCUGCGCUUUUAUUUCUAUGUUGGCUCAGGAAGGUAUGCUAGCGAGCCUCGUGGAGCAGAACAUUUCCGUAAGGAGACGGCAAGGCGUUAGUAUCGGGCGGCUUCAUAAACAGAGGAAACCAGACAGACGCAAGCGCUCGCGUCCUUACAAGGCUAAGCGCCAGUGACCUCGACCCCAUAAAUGUGUUUAUUUAUACAUUUCAAUUUCACACCUACUCCUAUUAUAUGGGUUAUACCUCCCUUCCAAUUGUUACAUAUAUAUAUAGUGAGGUGAAAUCCCUGCCCAUGUAUAUGAUGUACAUAUGUUUGUUUUUUUUAUACCUCGUAUCUACCCCAAUACAUGCUUUAUAUACCUUUCCUCUUGCGUAUGUGAAUUGUUCCUUGAAGAUUUAGUUUAUUCUGGCCUGGAACGCUUCACGCAGAAUAUAGAUGUUAUUGGCACUGGGUUCAAACAGAAUUUAGUUCACACCAUGGGCAGGUCCCAUCCUAUUGUUUGUAAAAUUAAACUGGCUGUUUCUUGAAGUGUCUUGAAUUUUACGUGAUUGGACUUGAAAGUUGUCAUGACAUAAUAAACCUUGUGAAAUGAU